AUGCCGACCGGCGCUGAACUAGCCCGCUUGUUCCAUUCCAUACCAAAACUUUUAAGUCAUGGAGACGGCAAAGCUAUGUCGCGCCUCUACAACUCACGCACACAUUUGUAUAAACACCCUACGCACAAACACGAGAACGAGCUUCCAAGUUCACUAAAUAAACGAACACCAACACAGGCGCGUUCCAACACCGUCUACCCCCUGUUCAUGAACGCCAGAAUGAGAAAGAAAUAUCAACAAUCUAUUUCAGACAGCCAGUGUGAGUGGGAGGUCGUUAUUGAACAGAUGUAUAUCAUUGCACAGGUAAAAAAAACUUCAAAAGGCUUUGUGGGUAUCAGAGAGCGUCGCUUAAAACACUUCUGCGAAAUCGGAGACAGGGCCGACGGCGCCGGAGGUCUAAUGUUCAUGAACCACGACACCGUAUCACAAUAUACAAUUUGUUUCGACGUACAACACACAAAUUAG